AUGAACUUCAGCAGGGAGGUGGCCCGACAGAACAGCUGUUAUACAUAUGUGAUAGAAGAUGAGGAUCCAGCCCUGGCAAGCCUAAAUGUAUUCAAGUUGGCUGAGAGGGGUGACCUAGCUCUCCUGGAGAACCUGGUGAGGAAGAGCCCAGAUGUCCUGAAUGAGAAAGAUGAAUGUGGAGCUAGUCUCCUUCAUCAUGCUGCCGCAGGGGGCCAUGUCACCAUCAUCCAAUGCAUCACCACGGUCAUAGACCAACAAGGUAAGAAUGCCUCAGCCAUCGAUCUUAAGAUGCACUCCAGCACAGACCUUAACAGCUGUGAUGAACAGGGCAAUGUGCCCCUACACUGGGCAGUGGAGAGGAACAAGGCAGACAGCUGCAGGGCUCUUAUGGACCUGGGGGUCAACCCCAAUAUCCUCAACAUGGCCCUCCUGUCCCCUCUGCACCUGGCAGUCAACCGUGGGUACAACGACCUGGUGGAGCUGCUGCUGUCUUACAGUGCUACUGACUGUAAUCUGGAGGGAGACCUUGGGAACAACCCAAUGAUACUGGCCAGCUCUAUCAAUAACUGUGAAGCUCUCAGCACACUGUUGAAGCAUGGAGCAAAGCUCUGCCAACAGAACAAGCUCGGCCAUUUUCCCAUCCAUGCAGCUGCCUUUGCGGGUGCAAAGAAAGCUAUGGAAGUGAUCCUGAAGGCCGGAGAGGAGUUUGGCCACUCAGCUGUAUCUCACAUCAACUAUUUAGACAAAUCCAAGAGCAGUCCCCUCCAUCUGGCUGUUCGUGGUGGGAAUAUUGAAGCUAUUCGCCUCUGUGUUGCUACUGGGGCCAAAGUUGACCAGCAACAGAAUGACAGGUCCACACCACUACAUUUGGCCUGCACCCAGGGUGCUACUGAUAUAGUCAAACUGAUGCUCUCCUCCUUUGACCAAGUGGAAGAGAUCAUCAACCUAACUGAUGGGGCGUGUCAGACCCCUCUACACAGGGCUACAAUAUUUGACCACACAGAGCUGGCAAAGUACCUGAUUUCUUUGGGUGCAAACCUAAACAGCAUUGAUUGUAAAGGAAACUCUCCCUUGCUGCUGGCCACGAGCUGUGGAGCAUGGAGAACUGUGUCUCUGCUACUGUCAAAAGGGGCAAAUGUAAAUGUGAAAGACAGAUGCGGUUGUAACUUCCUUCACCUGGCCAUUCUGCAGCCCAAGGGUCUCAAGAAUCUCUCAGAAGAAGUACUGCAGCAUAACAGUGUGAAGGCAUUGCUGAGCUGUGAGGAUAAUGACGGCUGCACCCCACUCCACUACGCUUGCAGACUGGGUAUCCAUGACACAGUGAAGAACAUGCUGGGCCUCUCGGGGGGGGUCGGCCUUGCAUGCAAGUCCAAGGACAAGAAGUCUGCCUUGCACUUUGCUGCUCAGUAUGGGCGCAUCAAUACAUGUCACCGAUUACUCGAGACCAUCACAGACUCUCGUUUGCUAAAUGAAGGUGAUGAGAAAGGCCUGACACCACUUCAUUUGGCUUCAAGAUGGGGGCACACCAAGGUGGUACAGUUGUUGCUACGCAAAGGAGCUCUCUUUCACAGUGAUUAUAAGGGCUGGAGUUGUCUGCACCAUGCUUCAUCUGAAGGAUACACACAAACUAUGGACAUUCUCCUGUCAGCCAAUCCCAAGUUAUUGGAUAAAAUAGAUGAGGAUGGGAACACUGCACUCCACAUCGCAGCAAGAGAGGGACAUGUGGCUGCAGUCAAGGUCAUGCUGGCUCGGGGAGCAGAGCUCAUCUUAAACAAGAAUGACACCUCAUUCCUCCAUGAAGCUCUGCAAAAUGGGAGAAAAGAUGUGGUCAAUGCUAUAAUUGACAGUGACAGAUGUGCUGAGGCUUUGACACUGUUCACACCUGGCUCAAGCCAGCGAUGUCCCAUACUAGACAUGAUUGAGUUUCUGCCUGAGACCUACAAGCACCUAUUGGACCGGAGUAUUAGGGAAUCUGAUGAUGACCACAACAGUAAUGACUACCAUAUUGAAUACAAUUUCAGAUGGCUCCAAGCUCCCCUUGCAACAAAGAAGGUAACUGACAAGACAUUGAGGUACCAGCCACUAGCUGCACUCAAUGCAAUGGUGCAGUACAACCGCAUUGAGCUCCUCAACCACCCUGUCUGCAAAAAGUAUCUGGCAAUGAAGUGGAUUGCAUAUGGGAGCACGGCUCAUGUGCUCAACAUGUUUUUGUACCUGUUAGGCCUGCUGCCCCUGACUCACCUGAUAGUGACUCUGAGGCCAACUAUGAACACCACUGGCACAGGCGAGCACAGUAUCAUUAUGGUGCCCAUAUCUUUUAUAGAGCAAAGUCUGUUCUUGUCCUUCUGUAUGGUGAUGGUCUUGGUCAUUAACGUGUAUUGCAUUGCGAAGGAAUUGAUGCAGAUAUCACAACAGCGCUGGAAUUACUUCAAAGAUUAUUCCAACCAGUGUGACUGGUUUUCAGCCAUCUUCUCUCUUCUGUUCAUCAUCCCUGUCAUGCUCAAUGUAGAGGGUUCUUUACAUUGGCAAGCAGGGGCAAUGGCAGUUUUAAGCUCCUGGGUUGGAUUUCUCCUUUAUCUCCAGAGGUUUGAGGGUGUUGGCAUCUAUGUUGUGAUGUUUGGAGAGAUCCUUAAGACACUGGUUCGUAUUGUGAUGCUAUUCAUAUACCUGAUGUUAGCAUUCGGAUUGGCAUUCCAUGCUUUGAUGCUCCACCAGAAAGAGUUUGACAGCGUGUCACUCUCAGUGAUGCAGACCUUUGUGAUGAUGGUUGGGGAACUGAACUACCAGAAUAACUUCCUGGAUGCUUAUCUGAACAAUAAGCUUCCUUUUGGUCUCCUGACUUACGUCACUUUUGUUAACUUUGUGCUGCUAAUGCCAAUACUGCUAGUGAACCUCAUGAUUGGUUUAGCAGUUGGAGACAUUGCUGAAGUACAAAGAAAUGCUGUCCUAAAAAGAAUAGCCAUGCAGAUUGACCUCCACACCGCUCUGGAAGAUAAGCUCCCUUAUUGGAUUAUGAAACGAGUCGACAAACACUCCAUAACCAUCUACCCCAAUCGCAAGUGCUCCAAGCACCACGUAAGGCAAUUAAUCACAGGUGGUGAGGAAGCAAAUGAAGUCUGGAGUCGUCUGCAGGCCAAAUCACAGAACUGCACUGUGAUAGAGAAUGAGCUCAGAAAGCAGAAGUGCAGGAUGAAAGAAAUGUCAAGCAUGCUGGAGAAGCAGCACAGCCUCCUGAAGCUCGUCAUCCAGAAGAUGGAUAUCACCUCAGAGGCUGAUGAGUACGAUGGCCCUGUGAAUGUCAAAGGCAGCAUGUGGCUGAGCCCGAGUCAGGUUAAACCAAGAGGACAUAGUGUGUCCUGGUGGGUCCCAGUAAUGAAGGCCAUCGAUUCCAAAAGAAAGUAAAGAAGAA